AUGCCAAUCUCCCGCAAGAAGGCCUGCCACCAAUGCCGGGCCGCAAAGGCAAGGUGCAGCCUCGAUGCCAUAUGUCUUCGAUGUCUGGAGCGUGGCAUCGAAUGCAACUAUGCGGGAGCAGCCACACGCGUAUCACCAUAUUCAAGGCCGGCUGGAGACCCGUCACAACGAGUUGGCAGAACUGCAUCGGCCGUGAUAUCGGAAGUCCUGCCGUCAGUCUACGGGCCGGAGCUGGAUGUGGACUUCCUCGGAACUCCCACGGAACCACAGCACGUGAGCGUUGCUGCGCAUGCGCCAUCCCUGGAUACGGACAUGGGCGCUGAAGUCACUGCGUUUCGCCUAUCUGACCUGACGAACGAAUCUACCCCUGACAAAUCAGACGCUCAGUGGGUAAAUAGCAAUGGUUGGUUCCAACCGCCAGCAACAGAACUGUCUAUACAACGAAGAAACUCUUUGCAGGUUGAGCAAAGCCCAGCAAGGCCAGAAAAUUCGCCCAGGAUGGACUACAACUGGACGUCCUGGAUAAGUGCCUUCGUCGAUGAUGCUCGCGAAAACCAUAUGACCCUACAGCGACCCGACGUUGAAUCUCGUGGUGGACUUGCUUCACCAAACGGCGGAGCGCCAUACACCUUCAGAAAGAGAACCACGGUCGUCUACGGCCGACCAUACGAAAGUCUUCUUUCCCAGCGAAAACCCGAGUCGACGGAAACCUUCCUGACCACCCGCAUUCUACUGGGCCAGUUUGCCAGCUACCCCAAGAUGCUUAUCCAGGGUACCAAACUGCCGCCGUUCAUUUAUCCUCGAUGCGUCCUGGAUGAUCGACUGCCCCAUGCCUGCGUCGCGGGCGGGACGCAUCAGUGCCUGCCUGAGCCCCUUGCGAAUUGCGCUAGUCUGGUACAUCUGUUUCAUGGGCGUCAGCAGGGCAACAGGCAGUUUGUGUGGAAUGCGAUCUAUGCUGAGAUACGGCGGCUUAAUGGAGAGUUCCAGAGUUACGAUCAAGAAACUGUGAUGGCCAGUAUACAGGCAAUGGUCAUCUACAUGCUCCUCCAAUCUCAGGAUGCCGAAUCGAUGGAGAACAACGACAUCGCUUCGCUGAUCGAAUCCGUUUCGGAAUUCUCCAUGAAACUGCAUUUCGCGACCAACUACCGCCAAGACGUGUAUAAGUUCCCAGACCUCAACCACCGGAACUGGGUGUUCUACGAGAGUCUCCGGAGGACCACCAGCCUCCUCUUCAUGAUCGAGAUGAUCCUCGUCGUGCUCAUCGGCGACCCGAACAUUCCGGGCUGCGGCACCAUCCUCGGCACGCCGCUGCCCUGCGCGCGCGACCUGUGGGACUCGGACACGACCGAGAGCGGGGCCGCGCGGCUGCACCGGUACGUGCGCGACCGCAAGUCCGACCGCGUGCUCAAGGUAGACGACCUGAUGCGCCGUGGUAGCGGGGAGAUAGAGGACAAUGUUGCGCUGGUCGACGAUUUGGCGACCUGGUGCGAUGGCCUGGAUGAGUUCGGCACGCUGGUUUGGAUGGCCUCGGGGCUUAAUCGUGCGCGGCUGGGGGCGUUGUAG